AUGAAUGUUGUAAAUGUAUACACGACGUCUGCAACCACGGACAAUCUGUCUCGUCAUGAGAUGCUGAUGUGGGUGAACGACUGUCUGCAGUCGAAUUUCGCUAAAAUUGAGGAUAUGCAUACGGGUGCCGCAUAUUGCCAGCGAGUAUUUUAUGGUGGUUGUCGAGUGAUCGUUUUCCUGUUGCAGUUCACAGAUUUCCUGUUUCCUGGUUACAUUCAGCUGCGACGGGUGAAAUGGAAUAGCCGACUGGAGUUAGACUGGUUAAGCAAUUGGAAAUUAUUGCAAACAUCCUGGAAGACAUUGGGCGUAGAUAAAAUUGUUCCCGUUGAGAAACUCAUCAAAGGAAAAUUUCAGGACAAUUUCGAGUUUUUGCAAUGGUUCAAAAAAUUUUUCGAUGCCAAUUUUGAUGGACACGAAUACGAUCCUCUGGAAGCUCGUGGUGGUGAACCAUUGCCAUCGGAUGUUAAAGCAAGUGCUCCCUCUCGAAUGCCUGCGAAAGCUGCAGCGCCAUCUGUCAAGACACGACUUACACCAAAUGCUUCGACAAACAAAGCCGAAUUACGAAAAGCGCCAGCUGCUGGAACGAAGACCGUUCAAAAUCGAACAACACUUCCAACAGCACCCGUUGCCGCGGCACGAGCUCCACAGCCCACUGCAGUGGAUCAGCAGGUCGUGGCAAAUUUGAAGCGAGAAUUGGAAGAAGCAAAAGAGCAAGUAAACGAAAGCGAUAAUGUGAUCAUCAGUCUGGAAAAGGAACGUGAUUUUUAUUUCUCGAAACUACGACAAAUUGAAAUGCUAUGUCAAGACAAUGAACAGAUUGGAACCGUUGAAGUGGCGCGUGUGCUUGCGAUAUUGUAUGAAACGGAGGAAGGAUUCGCUCCGCCGGAAGAGAUAGAAAAUUGUGAAGAGGACUUCUAA